UAUACAAACCAUCUACAAGGUCUGCAAUUCUCUCUCUGUCAUAAGACAGUAAUAAGAGAAAAAAAAAAAUUAAAGAUGGUGAAGUUUUCUAAGCAGUUUGAGGGUCAGCUUGUUCCUGAAUGGAAAGAGGCUUUUGUUGAUUAUUGGCAACUCAAGAAGGAUAUCAGGAAAAUCCCAUCCCCUAACAAUAACACCAACCCCUCCAAGCAUCAACAGGCCUCCUUAUCUCACAUCCUUCUCUCCCCCCUAAAGAAGUUCUCUUUCUAUGGCCACCAUCAGAGAGACCAUGGAGCCAUUCAAGUUCAUACGAAGCUGGCUUCUUCGGCUAGCAAGGGGGACAUGUACGAGACCGAAUUGCUGGAGAAGUUCGCUGAUACUGACGCUGCUAAGGAAUUCUUCGCACGACUAGACCUUCAGCUUAACAAAGUGAACCAGUUUUACAGGACCAAGGAGAAAGAAUUCAUGGAGAGAGGGGAGUCACUGAAGAAACAGAUGGAGAUUCUCAUUGAGCUCAAAGCCGCACUCAAACAACAGCGAGUUAAAGGCGCCUCUGCUGAUGAUGACUCGAAGGAUGAUCCCUCUAUCUCAUGCACAAUCUCAUGUGAGGAAGAGUCUGGUAAGGACGUGACAGACCAAGAACAACUUCAGGACAACUCCACAGUGGAGUUUGACAGAAUAAAUGAUGUAGAAUUCCCAGAAUCACCGCGGUCAGAGGAGAUUGAGAAGUCAAUUCAGAUGAAAAGAGAAGAAGGGAAGAUGAGGAGCAUUUCUGGUCGAGUGAUCACUUGCCAGGGAAAGAAUGUGAGGAUUAACAUCCCACUAACAACUCCCACUCGUACCCUCUCAGCGAUUACUUACUUGGUUUGGGAUGAUUUGAUUAACCAAUCCAAGAAAGGUUGCCCUGAAGCAAAUAAACUGCAUAUAAAUAAAAAGAAGCUGCAUCAUGCCGAGAAGAUGAUCAGAGGAGCUUUCACUGAGCUCUAUAAAGGGUUGGGGUACCUAAAAACUUACAGACACUUGAACAUGCUUGCUUUUGUAAAGAUAUUGAAGAAAUUUGAUAAAGUUACUGAGAAACAAGUUCUACCCAUUUAUCUCAAAGUGGUGGAGAGCUCCUAUUUCAACAGCUCAGACAAGGUAGUCAAGUUAGCUGAUGAAGUUGAGGAGCUGUUUAUCGAACACUUCGCUGAAGACGACAAAAGAAAAGCCAUGAAGUUUCUUAAACCACACCAGCGCAAAGAAUCCCACGCUGUGACCUUCUUCAUUGGCCUCUUUACUGGAUGUUUUAUAGCCCUCUUUGUCGGAUAUGUCAUAAUGGCUCAUAUCACCAAGAUGUACACCCAGGAAUCUGAUACAAUAUACAUGGAAACUGUUUAUCCUGUGCUUAGCAUGUUCAGCCUAUUAUUUCUGCACUUCUUUUUGUAUGGUUGUAAUAUUUUCAUGUGGAGAAAGACCCGUAUAAACUACAGCUUCAUAUUUGAAUUGGCCCCCACAAAAGAGCUGAAAUACAGAGAUGUGUUCUUGAUCUGCACCACAUCAAUGACUAUAGUAGUGGGGAUUAUGUUUGUUCACUUGUUCCUUAUUGCAAAAGGGUACUCAUCGACCCGAGUUCAAGCAAUACCCGGCUUUUUGUUACUAAUUUUUUUGAUAUUGCUAGUCUGUCCUUUCAAUAUCUUCUAUCGAUCAAGCCGUUUUCGUUUCCUCCGGGUGAUAAGGAAUAUCAUUUUGUCACCUCUUUACAAGGUUGUCAUGUUGGACUUCUUCAUGGCUGAUCAACUUUGUAGUCAGGUGCCCCUGCUCAGGAACCUGGAGUAUGUUGCAUGUUACUACAUAACUGGAAGCUAUAAAACUCAGGACUAUGGAUUUUGCAUGAGGACCAAGCAUUACAGAGAUAUGGCUUAUGCUGUUUCCUUUCUGCCUUACUACUGGAGAGCCAUGCAGUGUGCUAGGAGAUAUUUUGAUGAAGGACAGAUAAGCCACCUUAUCAAUCUAGGCAAAUAUGUGUCAGCCAUGCUGGCAGCGGGUGCCAAAGUGGCAUAUGAGAAAGAAGGGAGCAUUGGAUAUCUCUGUCUAGUUGUGGUGGUGUCAAGUGCUGCAACUGUAUACCAAUUGUACUGGGACUUUGUAAAGGAUUGGGGUUUGCUCCAGUUCCACUCCAAAAACCCCUGGCUAAGGAAUGAAUUGGUGCUCCGACGAAAGAUUAUUUACUUCUUAUCAAUGGGUCUCAACCUUGUUCUAAGGCUUGCUUGGAUACAAACUGUUCUCCAUUCCAACUUUGGGAGCGUAGACUAUAGGGUCACUGGGCUCUUUCUCGCUGCCCUUGAGGUGAUUCGACGUGGGCAAUGGAAUUUCUACAGGUUGGAGAAUGAGCAUUUGAAUAAUGCUGGGAAGUUCAGGGCUGUCAAGAUAGUGCCCCUUCCCUUUGAUGAAGUGGAUAAUGAAGAUUAAAUGCCCAUUAGUAUUUGCUGAUACUUGCUUAUACAAUACUCUACGCGUUGGCGUUGCUGUGGAUAUCUAUAUUCCUUGACGCGUCCAGUAUCAAAGAAAGAAAAAAGAAAAAAAAAAUCAUUCUGUGACUGUACAAAUUAAUUGUUGUUAAUCACAAGUCAGUCUCAAUGAGCCUUUCGGUUACCCGUUGUUGUUGGCAUCUUCCCAAGGGAAAGAGGAUUCAUAUACUUUGUAUACAAAAAUUCCAUUCCUUCCAACAAAUUUAUUAAAGGGAGACAGCAUCAAUAUACCUAGUUUAAUUUAACUACCCCAGCUACCUUUUGUUCCUCCCUUUAGAUCUUUGGUUUACUUCUAAUUUGUAUUUCUUUUCUGCUAUUCCAUUUUCCCUCUUUUUGUUGGGAGUAGUAAAGCAUGCAAAUAAGA